AUGCGUGUCUCCCUGUCUCUGCGCCCACGCACACCUCAUUGGUGCCCUGCCUACGUGGGCGCAAGUCAGAUUUCUGGAGGCGAGCAGCCAGGCAGGGAGAAACUGGGGGGAAGAAGACAUCGGCCGGGGCACCCUGGGCAGGAAGGGAAUGGGCAGCAGCAGCAGAUCCCCCCUGGACGGUUCCCCCCAACCCAGGUGAAGCAGGACUCUGGGGAGAACCCCUCAACCUCCUCCUCCUCAGGAUCCCAGGAGACCCUGCAGGAUCGAAGUCUGGACCUCAGUGUGAAGGAACACAGCAAUGAAUCAAAUAGCCACGCAGUCGCAGCAAAUUCAUCUCUUUUAUCCUCGCUUAUGAAUAAGAUGUCCCAAGGCAACCCCAGCCUCGGAAGCCUGCUGAGCAUCAAGGCCGAGGCCGAAGGGGGCCCCGCUGGAGAGUCCUCUCCAUACCUAGGAAAGGCGGUGAAGAGCCUGGUUCAGGAGAAAUUGUCCGAGCCCUGGAAGGCAUACCUGCGAAGGUUUGGCACCAAGGAUUUCUGCGACGCCCAAUGUGACUUUCUGCACAAAGUUCACUUCCACUGCGUGGUAGAAGAGUGUGGCGCCCUUUUCAGCACCCUGGACGGGGCCAUCAAACACGCCAAUUUCCACUUCCGAACAGAGGCAGGAGGAGCUGUAAAGGGGAACACGGAGGCUUCCUUCCCAAACACAGCCGCCACCGAGAUCAAGCCUUCAUUGGCCCCGUCUUCACCCCCAGCACCUUCCAUCACCACUGCGGCAGCAGCAGCACCCGCUUCCGGCCUGGAGGUGCCCGCUGCCAGCCCGGCCACCGUGCCCUCUGCCCCGACCCUCCUCGCCUGGAAGCAACUGGCUUCCGCCAUCCCCCAGAUGCCUCAGAUUCCAUCAUCGGUGCCAGGGAUGGCUGCUUCACCCUUGGCCACGACUUCUCUAGAAAAUGCCAAGCCCCAAGUCAAACCCGGAUUCCUCCAGUUCCAGGAGAAUGACCCCUGCCUCGUGAACGACUGCAAGUAUGCCAGCAAGUUCCACUUCCACUGUCUCUUCGGAAACUGCAAAUACGUCUGUAAGACCUCUGGCAAGGCCGAGUCGCACUGCCUGGACCACAUCAACCCCAGCAACAACCUGGUGAAUGUGCGAGACCAGUUUGCUUACUACUCACUGCAGUGUCUCUGUCCAAACCAGCACUGCGAGUUCCGGAUGCGAGGCCACUACCAUUGCCUCCGGCCCGGCUGCUACUUCGUGACCAACAUCACAACCAAGUUGCCCUGGCAUAUAAAGAAACAUGAGAAGGCAGAACGCCGGGCAGCCAACGGGUUCAAGUAUUUCACCAAGCGUGAGGAAUGCGGGAGGCUAGGCUGCAAGUACAAUCAAGUCAACAGUCAUUUCCACUGUAUCCGAGAGGGCUGCCAGUUUUCCUUCUUGCUCAAACACCAGAUGACAUCCCAUGCCCGGAAGCACAUGCGGAGGAUGCUGGGGAAGAACUUUGACCGGGUUCCCACUCAGGUGAUGGGACACCCCACCAGGAGUGAAAGCCUCUCCCAUGUCGGCAGCAUGGCCCCCAGCCCAGCUUCAUCAGGGACCCCCGCUUCGUUUCAGGGACCUCAGAGCCUAAUGGACACCGAGACAGAUGAGUACGUGGAUUACACUGGCUGCAGCCCCGGGGCGCUCUCCUCCGAAUCCUCCAACAUGGACCGAAGCUGCUCCAGCACCCCGGUGGGCAAUGAGAGCACCUCCCCAGGCUGCCUGGCUGCUGCCGCUCCUGCUGCCGCUGCCGACGAGGCCGCCGCCCCCCACGCGGCCCCCCAGCCUCCACUGCCUCCAUCCUUGUCACAGGGCCUGCUCAGGUCGCCCCUCCCCUCCCUCCCAUACCUCCUCUCUCCGUCUUGUCUCUCAUAUUCUCUGCUCAGUGCUACCCUGGGAAGCAGCCGGGCCAUUGUCCUGCCCGCCACCAGCACGCCCGGCUUUCCACCUGUCCUUGCCACUCCACCUCCAGUCAAAAGUGACAUCCCCAUAGUGCAGGACGCUGCAGGGAACACCAUCACCAUGCCAACUGCCUCCGGCGCUAAGAAGCGCUUCUGGAUCAUCGAGGACAUGUCCCCCUUCGGCAAGCGCCGCAAGACGGCGUCGUCGCGUAAGAUGCUGGACGAGGGCAUGAUGCUGGAGGGCUUCCGGCGCUACGACCUGUACGAGGACUGCAAAGACGCGGCCUGCCAGUUCUCGCUCAAGGUCACGCACUACCACUGCACGCGGGAGAACUGUGGCUACAAGUUCUGCGGGCGCACGCACAUGUACAAGCACGCGCAGCACCACGACCGCGUGGACAACCUGGUCCUGGACGACUUCAAGCGCUUCAAGUCGUCGCUGAGCUGCGACUUCGCCGACUGCCCGUGGUCGGGCAGCAGCACGCACUUCCACUGCCUGCGCUGCGGGUUCCGCUGCACGGACAGCACCAAGGUGACGGCGCACCGCAAGCACCACGGCAAGCAGGACGUGAUCAGCGCCGCGGGCUUCUGCCAGUUCAGCUCGAGCGCGGACUGCGAGGUGCCGGACUGCAAGUACAAGCUCAAGUGCUCGCACUUCCACUGCACGGCGCCCGGCUGCAAACACACCGUGGUGGGCAUGUCGCAGAUGGACUCCCACAAGCGCAAGCACGACAAGCAGGAGCGGGGCGAGCUGCCGCCCGCCGCCAGCCCGGGGCCCGAGGGGCUCCCGGCCGGCGCCCCGGACCUCGAGGCCCCGAGGGGCGGCGAAGGCGCGGGCCUCGACGGCUCGCUCAACCUGGGCGCCGACGCCGGCCGCUCCCUCUUCUUCCUGCAGAGCGCCGCCGCGGGCCUGGGCCUCAACGACUCCCUGGACCUGAGCAAGAAGCCCCCCGAGGGCCAGGGCCCCUGCCCCGCCGACGCCCCGCAGGAGACGGUGCCCCGGGCCGCCGGGGGCCUGGACGACUCGUCGCAAGAGGAGGAGGAGGAAGAGCUGAACGAGGAUGAGGAGGCGGAGGAAGAGGACGAGGACGACGACGACGAGGAUGAGGAUGAGGAUGAAGAAGAGGACGAUGAUGACGACGACGACGACGAGGAGGAGGAGGAUCUGAACACGGAUUCCGAGGAGUCACUCCCCGACGCCGGCCCGGGAGAAGCGCUCGGCCCCAAGGGCCCCGGGGGAGCGGAGGAGACGUGUCCCCUGAACCACAGCGAUGCUUCCCGGCCCCCCGCGGGAGACUUGACGGCUUCCACCUCCCCAUAGCCUCCUGGACGAGGCGUGUGUCCCGUUUGUUUAUUUGCUUGUUUGUUUAAAGUAAGACACCACAGAGACCCAGAACCCCCAUAGAGAAGAGAGCCCUCCAGCAUCUCCCGCGUGGCCACGCCGGAAACCCGACGGCUGGCUACCCCACGCUCGCCCCAGCCGGAACCCCGACGUGGUCCUCCCCGGGCCCCCGGCAGCCGAGGAGGGGGGAGAGGGACCCGAGACAGGGCGGGUCCGCGGGGUGACUGGCUCCCAGUUUAGUGUGCAGAUGAAAUGGAAACUGGGAAAAGUGGGGGAGGAGAGAGCUAGAGCGUCUCCUCUCACGGGGACCGGCGCAGACCUCCAGGCCUGGGAUUUUCCCCGUUUCCCACUUCCUUUGGCUGUUUGGCUAGCUGGUGUAUCCCCAUGCCUUCCCUCAGCCAGGGGGUUGAGGUUCUGGGUCCCUUCAAACUCCCCCCACCCCCCACACACACACCUCCCCAAGAUGUAUAUCAACAAAAUGGCCAUGGCUACAUGGGGUCUCCUUUUCCCCUCGGCUCGCUCUCCAGCAUUAAAACGGAGGGGAGGCUGCAUACGUGGAGGGUUGGGGGAAGGGGUAUUUAUUGUUAAACAGAAAAGCAUUAAUGAAAGCGGGCGGGUAGGGGCUGGGGCGCUCAGUCGGUUCUUCCGGUCCCUCUCUCCGGGAUCUUUCCUCAUUAUAUUCUUUUUUUUCUUUUUAAAGAUAUUUAUAUGUAAAGCUUCCCUCUGUACAGAGAUGUUCGUUUGGAUUCCUGGUGGUGGUCUGGCCACAAGAGCAGGGGCAGGGACGCCAGGCCACCCAGGGGAGUGCACGAGCUGGGGGGAGUGGGGAGAUCCUGGGUGUCCCCUUGGGAGCCAGUCGAAGCCUGCCCCCUCUGGGCCCUCGGGUUGCUGGGACUCCGGUUUCCCCCUUCCCACCUAUCCGCUCUUCCUUCUUCCACCCAGCCAGGCUCUUCGGGUGUUUUAGGAUUCCCAGCACCUCCCCGGAAAGGUCGGAAGGGGGGAGGCCCAGCCACCUCUGGAAAGGGGCCAGGAGCCUUGAGCAAUACCUGCCUCGGGUGCUGGUGGCGGCCUCCCCGCCCCUCGGUCCGGGUCUCGGGGCGCACAGCUCAGGGAGGGAAGGCUGGCACCAAAGCAGAGAGGAGGAUCGAAGAAAUCCCCAUCCCACCCCCAGACCCUGCAGGACCCCUUCUGCCCAUCUCCACCUCAGAGGACAAGAGCGGAAGGGCCUCCAGGACCGUUUAGCAGGAGUGGGGGGCUUGCUUCAGGGAAACAGCUUUUGUCUAGGGGUGGGAAGUGGAGACACCCCUGUCUGAGGACAGAAGCCCCUACGUGACCCAGAGCGGCUGAUCCACACCCAGCCUGGGGCUCAAGUAAGUCUCAGGGUCCCUCCUGCCAGUGGCUGGAGCCCCCUCCCACCCCCUUAAACACCCCUUCUCCCCACGGGACUAUUUAUUGCUCAGGACUGUGACACUUCUCACGAGGGCUACUGUGAACCCCCCGGCUCCAGGGACCUUCCCCCUCCUCAGGGCUAUCCGGAGCUGGCCCCAGGGGCCUUCCCCCCCACCUAUCUCACUGGGCCCUCAGGAGUGGAGAGGGGAGGAGCGCGGUCACGGAGAGCCCCAGGUACUAAGCGGCAGUCAGGGCCUAACUUUGCAAUUAGGGAUGAGUAGCACGCCCAGCGGUGACUCUCCGCCUCCCCCUCUCCCCAUCCUUUGCCCUGGCCCGGUUCCUGGGGAAGAAGGAAGAAAUGCUCUCUCCGUGGACUCAUCACUGCAGGAGACUGUCAAGGAAAUCUCAUGGAAUCAAGUGAACUGGGAAACCUUUGCUAGACUUUGCCCCACUUUGGUGGCCCCAAAGAUCCCCCACACCCGGAGGGGCAUUUUUCUCCCUCCCUCUUUGUUCUGAAAGGUUGGGGUGAGGAGGGGGAAAGCGCGUCAGCUUUUUUCCUUUUAACUUCCCAAUCCCACCCUGGGAACGAACUCCAGGGAAAACUCACAGUUUACAUCUAUCCUAAAAGGGGAAGACUGAAUGGUGCUGAUGGAGAGAAGGAAAAAAAAAAUGGGGCUGGGGGAGAUGGGAGGGUGGGGGAGGGGGGCUCUUCACAGCCAGCGGCUCAGGUCGUGGCAAGCAGGGCGGAUGUGACUGUUGGCUUUAAUAUUCAGAAAUGAAAAUGAAAAAUUUACAAAAAAAAAAGUUGUACAGUAUUUUUCCUGUAAAGGUUAUUCUGUGUAGAACAAAAGAGAAAAGGAAAAAAAAACCGAGAGCUGGGGUGCUGGAGGGGAGACACUGCUUCUGGCUUCCAGCCGCUCACCUGCCUUCUGGACUAGCCCCCUUAGGUUGGGUAACUCGUGUGCAAUCUCUCUCGAGGGUUUUCGUUUAGCAUUUAUUUUAGAGGCCUUAACAGUUUGAGGCUGCGUGUCUUCACACUCUCGCACUGAUGGAAGCUGUGUGAUUCUGACUCGACUUGAAUUUUGUAGCAGGGGGGAAAAUACUGUUAAUACAAGUUUGUAGUUAAUUUAACAUUUGGGGGGUUUUCCCUCUUAUCAGUUUAUACGUGUGUGGCUUCUUAAGGCUUUUUUUUUCCUGUUUUAUCUUGUUUUGGCUGCUGCUUUGCUGGUGCACCCCUCAAAUGGUCCCCACUCCUCCUUUAAAGUAGUCUUGCCCCCCCCCCACUUCCCUAGCAAUGAGGGGGAAAUAAGCCAGUCCCUGAGCUGGGGUGAACCGAGCUACAGGUAACUCCAACACCUGGCUCCCUUCCCUUCCUCAGCAAGGGGGGUAGUGAGGACUCCCGUGCCAGUUAGGAAGCUGUCUCUGAUCCAGAGAAGAGCAGGGGCUUGGGACCAGCCCUGGCUCUCCUCAGCUUCUUCUCCAUCAGUUAGACCAUCUUGUUCGUGGUUCUGACAAUGAGUUGAGUGGGAGCAACUUUGACCACCUCUCUCAAGGCUGGUCUCCCUCCCUGGACAGUGUCACUGGACAGCCCCUCCCCCCAACUCCUUCCUUUCACACCCCAACCCCUCCCACACACCUUCUUAUUUGCUCCUUACAACGGUUUGGUUGUUUUGUUUUUUUAAACUGAAAAUAGAAAAAAAAAAACCAAGCCAGGUACAACCCAUCCAACCAGCUGGUUCUAUGUUUUAUUUUUUGUUCCUUUGGUCGCCCACAGCCUAGAGAGACACACCCACCUGAGUGAGCUUGGAAGGGAAAAGAGUGGAGAGGAGAGGUCGGAUGGAGUAUUACUGAUUAAACAGAAAAAAAAAAAAACCAGUCAAUUUAAAACAGCACCUCCCCCACCCCGACCCUCACCUCCCCACCCAAAGGCUCCUCUUGAGCUCUGUGACCACCUCCAGCUACUGAAGACAAGCAAUCAGCAUCUCCCUGUCAUCGUCACCGUUCUAAGCCACAAAAACUGGAUUCAGUCUGUGGAAGGAAUUUUGUAAAGAAAAAAAUAAAACAUUUUUCAAUGUAGCAACAAAAAAAAAGGAAAAAAAAAGAAGAUGAGGACAGAGUGCGAAGUCUAGCCUUUUGUAAUAUAUUGCACAUUAGGACUACAAGCCAUUGCUAGCUCAUUUCGAAUUUUAAUGUGUAAUUUUUGUUUUAUUUUCUUUCUGUGGGGAAAAAUGCUUGAUCCACCAAUGCUCUUUUUAAUGUUUUAUAACUAUGUAUGUGUAUAUAUAUAAAUAUAAAAUAAUAUGUAUGCACAUAUAUAUGUGUGUGUAUAUAUCUAUAUGUAUAUACAUAUAUAUAGAUAUAUAGAUAUAUAGAGAGGUUUUGAGACAAAACAAUGCAGAAAGUGAAAACUGAACAGAACGGCGUGUGCUCCGAUUACUUGAAUCUGGUCUCCACGGCACCUGCGUUAUAAGAACCGAAUAUUUUUCCACUUGAACUUAGUGCUAUUAGAAAUUUAAUAUAUGUGUUUUAUUUAUUUGAUUUUUUUUUUGCAUGACUGAUGCAAGGUUUGACAUUUUCACUCAAUAAAAACUGGAAAAAAAA